AUGAAUGACGAAAAUAAUCUAAUUAUAUACCCUGCGCUUGAUUUUAUUUUGGCAUUGGACGCUCUUAAAAGUCCACAUGAUUUGGAUCGAUUGAAGUCAUUAGAUAAAUUCUUGGAAGAUAAUAAGGAAUUUUUAUUAGGAGCUUCAAUUUUGACUGAAAACAUAUCUGAAGAAUUACCAAAAGCUGAAGAUUUUACCAUUCGUGGAUCAUCUUUCAAAGUAACAGAAGCUCAAAAGACAUACGCUACAACUAUUUCAAACAUACUUGGAAUAAACAAGAAAGAGGCUUUGAAGAUCAUUGCUGAAACUUCAAAACGUAAUCCAGAAAUCAAUGAUGUUACCAAAACAAAGAAAUAUUCAAAUGAAGAGAUCAAAAGAGAGGUCGAACAAAAAAAUACAAAGUUAUUCAUUAGUAGCAUUUUGAGAGAAAGACGUACAGCUAUCAAAUUACUCAGGGUAUUAGUUAGCGAUAAUUCGUUACCAAUCAUAGAAAAGAAGUUCUCUGAAAAAGUUUUCCAAGAUGGAGGUGAAUUAAUUUCAACUGCUAUUUCAUCAUUAGAAAAAUUAACAGAUUCCAUCACUGAAAACGACUCCAAAUACUCUGAAAUAAUUGCAAGUGAAAAUGCUUUAGCUAUAAUAGAGAUCUUGAAGCUUCUAGUUUUUGUGCUGAUUGUUGUUUCUACUACAUCUUCAAAUGUGGUUAAAUGGUUUGGUGUACUACAAUCAAAUGACUUCUUCGCAGUUCUUAAAGAAUCUAUACCAUUUGAAUUUUAUGAAGAAAUAGAUGCUUUGAAAUCAGUGUUAUCAUUACUCUUUUUGGGUCUGAACACAAAUGAUGCUUUGUUCGAUCCAUUCUCACCAUUUAUAUUAGAUUCAGUUGCAGUGAAGAAAAUCAACAAAAUAUUGGUCAACUCACCUGUUGACCCUUUAAUAAACUACGCGUGGAGUAUAUCAAUUUAUGGUAUAGAAGAUUCUAAAGCAGGUGAAAUAUUCGGUGACUCAUUUAAUGAAAUUAAUGAAUACUUUGCUGUGAAGGCGGCUGAACAGGAUGUUUUCAAAGUAAUUGAAAAGGUCCAUCAAAUUUUACAUUAUGAUAAUUUAUACUCUGCUAUUGUUUCAUCAUUUUUAAUAGCUGUUACACCAUUCAUCAAAUUAACAGAUAAAACAUCACAUACAUAUUUAACAGUAUUUAAAGAUGCUCCAGAUACAUUCGUUGAAAAAUUAUUCACGAAUGAAGAUACCGAAAGAAUUUUGUUUCUAGCAAAAGCCAAGUUUCCUGAAAUUAUAAUACCAUAUUUAAGGUUAUUAACCAUUAAUGGAGCAUUUGCCCAUGAUGAAUUAUCAAAAUUGUCGACUUAUAUGCAUACAAUUUCAUCUCAAUCUUUAGAUUAUGAGAAUGAACCAGAAACAGACUCUAUCGUUUUAAAAAGUGGUCUUUAUGUGAAUCCUCCUUAUGAGCAAAAUAAAGAUGUUUUGUUAUACUUGCCUGAUUCAACAAGAGGUAAACUAGUUCCAACAACAGAUCCAAAGACAGAAGCUGCUAUUUUCCAUUAUAACUACAAUGGUUGGGCUCUUAUUGGUCGAGUUUUGCAAAAUAUUGUCGGCUUUGCUGAAGAUGAAGAAUUGCUUUUAACAAUUUUAGAACUUAUUGGGAAUACAAUUAGCUCAGUUGAUCUUGAUACUAGUGUUGAUAUUUUUGAAAGCUUAUCCUCAUUUGUUGAUAAUGGUGAUAUUGUUGAAAUCAUCCUCAAAUUAUUUGAACAGUCUUUACACCAAAAACACACUCCUGCUUUAAAACUGAUUGUUGAUAUCCUAAUUGGUCUAGUCAAUAAUUUCCCUCAAAUAGUGUGGUCUCAUUUGGCUCGCUCUGAUUUACUAGAACAUGGUGGAAGAGGUGGACUUAUUGCCACAAUUUUGGGAAGUAUAGAAACAGUAAACGGUGAAUAUGACUUCACUAUUGCAUUGUUGAAACUUUAUAAUGAACUUGUCUCCAAUGCAUUAUCAUUUCCAGAAGAUUACACCACCCAAAGGAAUGAAAUAUUACCGAAAUUCACAUCACACGCUAUUCAAAUUUUUGAAAACUUCAUUUAUUGGAAUUAUAAAAUCAGCUCCCAAAAAUUUCAGAUUGGUACAUUGAUUAUUGAUACUUUCUCCAGACUACUCUAUUCAGUCUAUGGUAUUGACCCAGAUUCAGAUAUUAAGAGUAAAGUCACCAAGGUACUCGCACAACCAGCAGAAAAAGUUAUCAAGUCUUUCACCAACUCAUUCCCAGAUGUUAGAACUAUUAAACCUAUACUUGCUGCUUUAAACUUCUUGGUGCAAACCCCAGGAACAUUUGAUACUUCAGGAAGUGUUGGUUUUUGGUAUGAUCAAUGGGUUAGAAACUCUUUAGUGUUCUCAAAAUUGGUUCUUUCUAUCAGAUCAGUUAUUGGAAGCACUCCUUCAACUUUGGAAAAGUCAUUAUUCGCAGAAGCACCUGCACUUAUAGAUGCUUACAGCCAACAUACAGAUUUAAGAGGUGAUAUUUUACAACUUUUAACGCAACUAGUAAGUGCUUCAUGGCCUGCUGAUCCUCCAUCAUUACUAUCUCACUUGGGUGAACAUCAUACUAGCGUUCUAUUAGCAUCUAUUUCAUCAGAUUUAGAACUUAAAUAUGACGAUUUCAAAGUGAAAAAAUAUUUAUAUGAUUUUUUUUCUGCUGUUAUUGAAGGUAAUCAAAAAGGGUUAUCAAUGAUAUUUUUGAAUGGUCGUGAUAUCCGUGACACAGAGAAGAAACAAAAGACAGUUUUAGGCAUAUUGAAAAAUAAUGUCACACACUUAGAUUAUUAUCCAGAAUCUUUAAGUAUUCACUUAGUUGAAGCAAUUGCCCAUGCUUUCAACUCUUGGUCAUCUAAAAAGGAAGAAUCAGAUGUGGAGUUCAUUACAACCUUAGUGAAUAAAUUAAAGGACUUCCAAGCUACAAACUCUGAAACUCGAGAUGAGCGUGAAAUUAUCCAAAAUUGUUAUAAGUAUAUGUUGAAUUCAAGAGUUGCAGAAAUCUGUGCACUAUUUAUUUUCACCUCAAAAGAAGAAAAAUCAGCUCGUCCAAUCACUGAUUUAUUAAGUGGGUCAACUAUCGUGGAAUUAAUAAAACCAUUAUAUCAACCUUUUGGCUACCGUGUGUCACUUCAUGAAAACUUGAAUCGUAAUUUUGAAGAUAAAUGGCCAACUUAUUCAUUGAAGCAAUUCAUCCGCUCACCAUUAGCAAAUUCUACAAGAUACGGGGAAAAUGCUGUUUAUGACUUGAGGUUAUUGGAUGAUAUUUUAGGUCUGAAUGAAUAUUGGGCAGGAAGUGAAAACAGUUCAGGUUACAGAGGUGAAGUGAUUUCUGCUAGUUUGAACCUUCAAUACGUUUCUUCUCAAAUAAGUGCUGCUAAAUCAUGGGGUGCUCUUUUGACUGCAUAUGUUAAGAAAUAUAAAAGUACUAGCUCAUUUGUUGAAAUAAUCAAGAAGCUUUUGCAAGCAAAUAUAGAUGAAGGUGCUAAAGUCCCAAUAUUUGAGGAAGUAUAUCGUGUUCGUAUCGAACUCUCAUUCUUCUUCUUGUACUCCAUUACCAGCUCCAGAAAACUUGAAGAAAAGGAAAUUACAGAUAUUUUGAGUUUGACUUUGCAGCUUGUGACCUCUGCAGAUGUUGACUUUUUGGGAAGUAUUUUAAUGAACAAAUCAGAUAUAUAUAGACCUUUAUUGAGAAUCAUCUCCAGUCUUUUGACAGCUGCUAAAAAUAACACAAAAAUUGUUGAGAAUUUAUCUACUGAUUUAUUGAACUUCUUUGAAAUUGUUAUUGCUAAAGGUACCUCAGUUAUUUUGGGAAACGUUCAAGCUGAAAUAAAGACACCAGAAAUUGGUGGAAAAGUUGAAGAUUUAUAUUUGAUUAUAUCUCUUUAUAAAGGUUUGAUCGCUUCGAAACCACCAACCAGUUUCACAACAAAAUUAUCUACUAUAUUGGUUGAUUUUGGAACCUUAAAAGCCAUCUUGAAUGUUUAUUCUAGUUCUCAUUUGUUGAAAAUCAAUAAUGAACCAUUAUUUGCUGAUUUAACUUUAACAUUCAUGCUUGAACUUGCAUCUGUCGACUCGAUAGCUGAACAAUUAAUUUCGAGUGGAUUGUUUUCAACAUUAAUUCAAAGUCCAAUUUCAUUAGUCAUACAAGAAGGUAACAUUACAGUCCAAUCAGCACCAAGAUAUCACAACAUAUGGAGUAAUGGGUUAUUGGCAAUUAUUUUGAUAUUAUUGAGUAACUUUGGUGCUAGAUUAUUACCUGAAAUAUUGGUUUUUGUCAACUAUUUUGCUAAACAAAUUACAUCAACUUUACAAAGCUGGUCACAAGAUUCAUUGGCCAUUACAGUUCCUGCUUUACAAGAAACUGAGCAAAUUAUUAUUUUACAAAAAGUUUUAAAAGUGUUGUCCCGUGAUUAUGGAAUGAAUUUGAACAAUAUGCAACAACAAUCUACAGAAAUUAUUCCAGAGCUUGAUUCAAAAAGAGGAAGAAAAACUCUUUCAGAUGCAUUUACACACCUAUUAGCACAUCCAAAGUUUUUAACAUCCAGAAUAAUACCUACUACACUUGAAGAACAAAGAUCAUUUGAAGGUGAAGAUAAAAUUAGAACUCCACUUGUUGAGCAACUUGCUUCUCAAAUCAGUGAACUCAAACAAUCAUUAUUAGAUUAA